GCAGCGGCUGCGGUUAAAAUAAGUCCCGAUAGGGUUUGCUCUUCAGGUUUUCACUUUCUUAGCUUUCCUCACCGUUUCUCAGCUGCCAAUCACAAUUUUAUCAUCCACCAACCACCAAAUCUGAUCACACUCUUCUGGGUCCAUCCGAUCCCAGAAGCUCACAUCAGGGAUGUGUUUGAAGUCCUUGAGGUCAAGGGGCAAAGAAAAUGUUAGAGAUAGGAUCAGCGAAUUACCAGACGCGUUGCUUUUGCACAUACUUUCGUUCCUCGAAACAAAAUGUUGUGUGAAUACCGGCGCUUUGUCUAGAAGAUGGAGGAAUGUAUGGGCUUCUAUUCCUAAUAUAGACAUCCGCCGUGGGCAUUUCUCUCGCUCCGGUGACCUUUUUAAUUUCGUUGAGCGUGUACUUUCCUUUCAUGAUACAUCAGACAUCCAAAAAUUCCGUCUUCACUGUUUGUGUGACGACGUCAUCAGAUUCUCUCAUAUUGAUCGUUGGGUUCGCAAUGUUGUUAGGCAUAAUGUUGUUGAACUUGAUCUUUCCGUUGAACUUAGUGUUUUGGCUGAUUCAUAUCAAGGCCAAACCUUCGAGUUGCCUGAAAGCGUAUUCACGUGCAAAACCCUAAGGGUUCUGGAAUUGGGUUCAAAUUUUAUUACCAAUGUUCCCGCAUCAGGGAGUUUUCCGAAUCUCAAGUUCCUUCGGGUUGUACUUGAAGAGCCUACUAAUGACUCAAUCUGUAAGCUUUUCUCGAGCUGCCCUGUACUUGAAGAUCUAGCAAUAGAAGGUUCUCAUCGAUAUGGUGUAGUUUUCAAUUUCAAAAUCAUUGCUCCUGAAUUGAGGAGGUUAAGGAUAAGUCUGGACUAUGAUGAUUUUGAUAAAGAUGGGGACAUUUUUUUUAUUUUCGCUCCCAAGCUUGAAACGUUUGAUCUCAGAGAGGAGGGUUUCUCAAGUUACCAUUUGGAGAAUGCAAACCAUCUCUUCAAAGCCAAGAUUUAUCUUCCUGAACAUUAUGCAAGUGCAUUAGCACCGUGCUUUGUUGAGCGUGCAAGAAGGCUUCUGGCCGGGAUUCACAAUGUUAAGCAUCUAACCCUUUCAGUUCAUCUUUUGGAGCCUGGCCUUCUGCCCGCUUUUGAUUAUUUGAACCACUUGAAGCUGGAUCUUUAUGAAUGCAAUCACUGGAAUUUGCUAACAGAGUUGCUCAAGAGAUCACCAAAGCUGGAAUAUCUUGUCAUACAACUUUAUGAUGGUUUAAUCUGCGACGAAGAUUAUGGACACCUGGAGCAUGGAUGGAAUCCACCAGCUUUUGUGCCUGUCUGCUUGUCAUCGCACCUCAAGACCAUCUCAAUAUUGCGAUUCGAGGGAAGGGAGGAUGAGAUGGAAGCGGCAAAGUAUUUGCUGAAACAUGGCGAAGUUUUGAAUAGGAUGAAUAUUCUUACCAACUACUUUCAGCCGAAAAAAAAGGAGUUAUACAGGGAAUUUUGUUGGUUUGAAAGGGGUUCGAAGGCAUGCCAAGUGGAAUUUGAGCAUGAUGAGUUCUAG